CUCUCUUUAACCAUCAUUAGUUUAGCUAUUGCCUGCCUUUAUCCAAAGCUCUCUAUAGUCGAUCUAGAUCAGCUGCUCCCAGCUUGAUUAUGCACUUUGCGUCUUUGCCACUCCAUCUUCCUCCCUAAGCUCGGAUCAGCACCAUGAGCGGUAACGACGGCAUGAGCAACAUGGGCGAGCCUCAGAGUGAGAUGGUGGGCACCAAACCAAAGCUUGGCACCUGGGAGCAUCAAGUUGAUACUCCAUCUCGUAGAUACCCCGUUGUGUCAUUUGUGAAUGAAGUCCAUACCGCGUCAGCCCCAGCACCAGAACACUAUGAGCUUAUCGGGGCCAUUCGCAACAUCUGGACUAAUCCAGGACGUUUAGAGAUCAGUGACGUGCAUGUAAACAAGCGCUAUUUUAAGAUAAUGCUAAAGAAAUUGUGCAGCGCAGUUCCUGCGGUAUAUGGUGACUCGCAGCAACCCACCAUCUACAUGGUCCCCCAGGAACUUUAUAACUCUGGUUAUGACGCCAGGGGAGAAUAUGAGCCAGUUGCUGUUUGUCUAGGCAGCAGAAACUCCAAGAUUGGUGGUCUUCCCCCGUGCAAGUACAAAGAGAGUUUGGUGCAAUUUGAUAAGUACAAAUGGUGCUGUGUGCGGCAGCUCAUUAGCCGGCACUGUACCCUUUUGGAGCCCGCCAGGACUGUGGUGCUACUGGACAGAUGUUUCACGAGCAUGAAACGCCUUUUGCCUCAAAUUCAGGCCUCCUACUCUCAAGGCACUUUGAGGACUUCGGGUUCCCAUCCCGAAGAUGAGGUGGCCGAGAUGAUGUUACUCGACGGUUGUUUCAUCCUACACCGCUUGCUAAAGUAUGCGCGCCGCGCGAAAAUGGAAGCUGAUGGCUACAGAGAUCAAUUUGACGAGGAUGGUUACGAGGACUGGACUCAGGUAUACGGCAGGUGUGGGGUGUGGCAGCUAGUGACGCGUGACCUGCUGCUUCUGGAGAACCAGAUCCCCUUUUCCGUCAUCCGGAAUCUCUUUCAGCAGCUCAGGAAUGAGGACGAACCCGAAGAGCUCCUCGUGACUGGCAGCCUCAGGCUUUUCCGCUCUCUUCGUCCCCAAAUGUUGCACCGCUCGCACAUCGCAUGCAACAAAGUGCACCACCUGCUGCAUCUCUUCUACCUCUCUGUCAGCCUACCGCCGAGCCAACGCCAGCAGCAGCACUGGCACCGCCAAAGUGACGCUUUGCUGCCGGAGCUUCCACAGUGGAUCCCAUGCGCCAAGGAGCUGGAGGAGGCCGGGAUCCGGUUUCGGAAGAGAAGUAAUGCAAGGAGCUUCCUGGACAUUGUCUUCGCCCGUGGCGUACUGGAGAUCCCGCAGCUGGAGCUCAACGACUCCAGCGAGUCGCUGCUCCGGAACCUAAUCGCGUUCGAGCAGACUUACCCCGACACCCCGCGGGACAUCUCCACCUACGCCGUCUUCAUGAACUGUCUCAUCACCUCGCCGGAGGACAUGAGGAUCCUGGACCUGCACGGCAUCCUCGUCAACCAUCUCAACAGCAGGAGGGACGUCGUCUGGCGAUUCUUCAGCGACAUCGUCACGCGGGUGCACUGGUCCACCGACAACUACCUGGUCGACCUGAUGGGCGCGGUGAACAGGUACAGAGACAGCAGACGGCAUAAGUGGCGUGCUGCGCUUGUCCGCAACUAUUUCAGCAACCCUUGGGUGACCAUGUCGGUGCUUGCUGCCCUGGUCCUGCUCGCCAUGUCUGUGUUGCAGACCUUCUUUGCAGUCUAUGCCUACUUCAAGCCUCCGAAGUAG